AUGGACGGACCAAACAACGGCAUAGUCCUGUACCAUUAUUCCUUCUCUCCUUAUGCCCGGAGAGUACUAUGGUAUCUCGCCCUUCGAGGGAUAGACUAUGCAGAAUGCAAACAACCCCCUACCAUGCCUCGACCAGACCUCAAAGCCAUAGGAGUCAACUAUAGGAGAAUUCCUAUCUUGGCCAUUGGGCGAGACAUCUACAGUGAUAGUCGUAUCAUUCUUCGCAAGCUCGAAGAACUGUUUCCAGACGAAGCGCUUGGUGCCACCACACCCGAGGGGAAAGCAAUCCAAAAGUUCCUCGAGAUCUGGACCGUCGAGGCUGGCAUUUUUGUGCGGGCAUCCCAACUCAUCCCUACCAGCAUGCCACUCCUCAAUGACCCUAAAUUCAUCAGCGACCGCGAAGAAUACUCGGGUCGGUCGUGGAACAAGGAUCAAAUCGCGGCGAAUAGACCCGAGGCCGUGGCGGCCAUCAGGAAUGGCUUCAAGUUCCUGGAAACAACCCUGCUUGCAGAUGGCCGAAACUGGGUGCUCAAAACGGAUAAGCCAACCCUAGCAGACAUAGAAGCCAUCUGGACGUUUGAUUGGUUGAAUGGACUCAAAGGAGGCCUGCCGCGGGAGUUGAUCUCUGAGAAAUCAUACCCCAAGGUAUUUGCAUGGAUAGCUAGGUUUAACGAUGCCCUUAAGACCGCCAAAGGUCAAGCGCCAAAGCCGGUCACCUUGGACGGAGGCGCUGCUGCACAGCGGAUCCUCAAGGCCUCGUUUGCAGAGAAAAAUCUGAGCUUCGAUCCAGCAGAUCCUCUAGGCUUACAGCAAGGUGCGGAAGUGGAGGUGUUUCCGAUUGACUCGGGUUCCCGGCAUCAUGACCGGGGACGGCUCGUUGGUUUGACCGACGAUGAAGUGGUGUUGAGCACCCAGGUCAAAGCCACCGAAGUGCGGUUACAUUUCCCUCGAACUGGGUUCAGAAUCAAGGCCGUCAGCGCCGGAGGAAGCUUCAAGUUGUAA